CUUCGAAUAACUAUUUCAUCUAAGCUGUCUUAGUACGAUCAUCCAUAUCGUAGUAAUUUUACAAUCAAAAUGAGAUUCUUCUUCUAUUUCGCUGUCGCGGCACUGGGUGUGGCUAAAGUAUACGCCACCACAGACACAUACACCCCCCCUGAAGGCCUCCCACUAGUCGCGUUCUCUCCAGGAGUCAACUACCAGCUCAUGCAGGCUGACAAUGACGAGUUUGUGAUGCAGCUUACGAUUGACGCUGGUAGCAAGCUCGUGACGCUGCGGCACAAAGACGGCCUCUCUGCAACGGUGGUGGAAGGUUCGUUGCAACGCUCUGAGGAUGGUGCGGUUGUGCAUGCGGGUGACUCAUGGGAAGGCCCUGCUGACGAAUUGCAUACGUUUGCUACAUCGCACGCCACAAAGAUCCCCAGUAAAGUUUUGCUCACGGUGAAAGGAGAAGUCGAAUACUUGGUCAACGGAAAGGUAGUAAACAGAGACAACAGCAAGACGAUUCAGGACAAGUAUAAGAAUGGCCACACCUACUUAGGUCGAGUAGACGGCGAGUUAGACGUUGAGUCGCUCCUCAAUGAGUUCUACAGCACAGUUAAGACUGCCGACAGUGCACAGUCUGUAACAGAAAAGGCCCGAGCUGCACGCACUGAGUUUAUCUUCAAGUAUCUCGCACCCGCCGUAGGUAUGAGUGAGGUGCAGAAUGUCAGCGAAGAAGAGGUUGUGCUACUGGCCAUGACCGGCGCUCCCAAAGAGUUGUACGAGGCUUUCCUCACACUGCCGUAUUCAGCCGAAACGAUUAUGGCUGCGAUAAAACUAGAGAAGAAACUGGACAAUCUGUCAGAGGAACGGGAGCGAAAGGCAGAGAUCGUGGGCAUGGGUGAUGUCUUCCCAGCUGAUGUGGCUGAGGAGUUGGAACGACAAGCUGAAGAAGAUCGGGAGUUCGCGGCCAGAAAACAUCAGAUUAUGAGCGAAAUGCACGAUGGCCACGACAAAGAACUAUUGCCGCACGAAGCUUUGGCCGAAGCCGAUCGAAUGACUAACGAAGCGCUGGAACGAAACAUAGGGGAUAUUUUCGGUAGUGGCAGCCCGUUCCAAAAUAUCGAUACCGGGAAAGACGGACUUUUCGCCAACCUCUUUGGCAAAGGCAGUGCGACGGCUAAUAGUUUUGCGGAGAAGAUCGAAGCGAGUCUGCAGGCUCAGUAUGCGGCGGCCGAGGCUGACGACGGCAAAGCAGCAUGGGACGAACAAAUGCGGAAGGUUAACGAAGAGGACCUUAACAUAGAUGCUGAAGCGAACAUGCAGUAGUUUGGUUUCAUCCCUGUAUGAGAACGUGAAGGUUCGUGACGCAAAACACGUGUUACGGCUAUAUUAGUAUUGCAGCAGCUGGGUACCUUGCCGAUAACGAAAAUGCACAAAAAAUACUACAACAUACCGGGGAAUAGCAAGGGACAAUACAGUUAUUUCGAGAUGAGGGCUGAUAUAAAGCAAUAUAAUUUGACAAUUUUUGGUCAUUUUCGAAGGCGGUCUUUAAUAACCUAAUAAAUAUCUGCAUUCAAGAUUAUCAUCCAACAUGGCAAAAAAACCCCUGUUCGAGUAUACGAGCUAUUUCAGAGUGUGGGUAAUAAACAUCUUCUCG